AUGCCCGAAAUACAGCCUCAGCCUCAUAAAUUUCUCAGGUCUUUAUUUCGCCCGUCCUUCUUUCAGCCACACCCUGAUAGACUCCUUCAACUCUAUCCUCCUCGGCCUGACGUGCAAGAACAGGAAGAAUUUCUAAGACUGUCUCCUAUUCCUAGCAUACAAGAUAUCAUGAACGAUUCUGACAUGAACUACUCACCUGAAGUCGCUCCAACAUUUGCGAAUCUGCAUCGGUAUGACAUUAAUAGGUAUGAAUUAGUGAAUGAUGCGUUGGCCCAAGCCAGGCAGAUAGAGAGGAUCAUCGACUGCCAUAUGACAAUACCAAGGCAAGGACCAUCCCGUUUCUUCAUUCUUGAACCCCUCCGAAAGCAGGAAUAUUGGAGGCAAGUAGGCUGCAAGCAAUUCUAUAUGCUUCUACACUUCAAGAUGAAACUGACAACACAUAGCCCACAUUACAAAAAAGGUGAUCCUCCUUUCAUGAACAGUCUAAAUGAUCCGCUUCGAAAAUGGUGGCGAGUGAUGAAUCAAUAUCGAUACAUCGAUCGCCCUCGCAAGCCACAUAUGGUCAUGACAUGUAUCUCUAAUGUUCGUCCCACCAAUACAAAUCGGGGAAUCACUAUACACAAGCUGAAAGCGAUCGUUUCUACCCUUCUCCGUCGAGUAAAUCAUAAACCAUUCAUCGAAUGCCAGUUUCAUCCUGUUCUAGUCUUGUCCUUCAUGGGCGAAAAGCUAGGGAGGAUUAUUCAAGCCUCGUAUGACGGAAAGGAGAUAGUCUUACAAUACUCGCAGCUUUGGAGUUUUACGGACGAGGAAACAGCGCCAGUGGAAAUGUCCCUCAGAUAUAGGCUAAGUGAGGCAGUUGGUGGGUAUGCCUGCUCUGGAGACGGUCAACAACAUUGGCAUGGAGACGCCCGUUCCCUGGAUUGUGGGCGAGUGCGCUUCAAACUGCCUCCUUGUCUUUCAGAUAGAUUUUCUAUUUGA